UUUUUGGCUGCCUCGAAGUUUUGACUUCUCGACAAUCAAAGCGCUUCCCAGUAUUCUAGCUUCUGACUUUUCUCUGUUCAUGGGAGUGCCAAAUUAUAUAUAUGCUUUUCAAUAACAACACAUUCACGUAUCAAAUACCAUCAUCAAUUUGAUGUUUUUUCUCUGUUAGGUUUCACGUUUAUUGACUUUAAUUUCCCUCUCCCUCUCUCUCUCUCUCUAACUUCUCCACAAUUAUUGAAGUUUUUCCGAACUCAUUGAGUUUUGAGAGAGAAAAAGAAAAGAAAAAAAAAAAAAAAUGGUUAGCCAUAUGAGGAUAGUGUUAUUGACAUUUGUUGUUUUGGUGUUGGGCUUUAUGAGUUCAUCAAAUGGUGCAGUUUCUCAAAGUGUAAUGGAAAAGAUGAGUAGAAUAAAUAAGCAGGGUCCAUACUUGGGCAUUGUAGUGCCAAACAGCUUUGAGAUGAACCCUCUUCUUCAAUCUCCAAGCUUUGUGCCUUCUCACAAGCUUCCUUACUUAGAUUUUUCAGGAAGAAGGUUUAGAAUAGGGGAAUUGGAAAAGCAAAAGGUUAUUAUUGUGAUGACAGGUUUGAGCAUGCUUAAUACAGGUAUAGCCACACAAUUACUAUUAAGCCUGUUCAAGGUCAAAGGUGUUCUGCACUUUGGGAUUGCAGGGAAUGCAAAUCCUCAACUCCAAAUCGGAGACGUUACCAUCCCUCAAUACUGGGCUCAUACCGGCCUUUGGAAUUGGCAGAGGUAUGGAGAUGGGCCUUCUGAUGAACUAGCCUUAGAAUCUAAUGGUGACUAUACUAGGAAAAUUGGUAACCUUAAGUUUUCCAAGUACAACAAUGGCACAGAAAAAGGGAAUUCCUCGGAUAACCUUCUGAACCGCGUUUGGUAUCAACCAGAAGAGAUUUUUCCGGUAAAUGGAAUUCCUGAAGUCAGGCAGAACGCCUUCUGGGUACCUGUCAGCAACCACUACUAUUCACUCGCGAAAAAACUUGAGGAUGUGAAGUUGGGAGGAUGUGUCAAUGCAACUUGUUUGCCAAGAACACCUAAGGUGAUUAGGGUUGAAAGGGGGAUAAGUGCUAAUGUAUUUGUUGACAAUGGUGCAUAUAGAGAAUUCUUGUAUUCCAAGUUCAACGCGACAGCGAUUGACAUGGAAAGUGCUGCAGUGGCUCUUGUCUGUCACCAACAAAAGACGCCUUUCAUUGCAAUACGAGCUCUCUCUGAUUUAGCUGGUGGGGGUUCUUCGUUGUCCAAUGAAGCCGGCAUCUUUGCCUCAUUGGCAGCUCAGAAUUCAGUUGAUGUUGUAAUUAAAUUCAUCGCCUUGCUAUAAUCAUACCAUCCUAUUCUGUCUGGAAAGGUACCUUCUCUGAUUUGAACUAACCAUUGGUGGUACUUUUUACUAAACUUUCAAUUUCUAUUUUUCAAUGAACCUUGGAUUUCCAUUAGUCGCAUUGGUUUUGAUGCUUUAGUACUAUGUGAACGAUAUUAUUAAAUUUGGAUCCGAUUUGUAACAAAUGUAGUAGUUCAUGCA